UUGCUUUGUGAUGCUGUAUAUCUAGAAAAUAAUUCCUUCAGAUAAAUAUUAGGUGUGUCUUCGAAAUUUGUAAACAUGUUGCAAUUUCUGACGAUUGUACAGUAAAAUGCAAGGUAGAAAGAACGCCCUCUUACCAGAGACUCGCCAAGUGGAGUUAGACCGGGCAAACCGGUGUUGGUUGAUACUCUCUCAGGCCUUCACUCUCGUAUCAAGAUUCUACUACACUACACUACUACUAUACUAAAGCUGUUCUCGCGUGUUCCUUGUUUCUCUUCAGUGGAGUGCAGUCAAGUGUGUUCUUCCUCACUGUCAGGACUCUGCCCUCUGCGGAAUUUCAUACAGAGUAUUAAAGCUAGUUUACGUCAAAUUAAUAUUUUUCAACAUUUUCUUCAUUAUUUUUAUUUUUUGGUUGUUGCAAUUUUAUCGAUAAUAUUUAUCUUUAAUUAUCAAGAAAAUAAAUGAGAAGUUAUCCUAUUAAGAAAAUCCUUUUGAAUUUGGAUAAUUCUACAGGAGAGAGGGAAUUGUCAUGAAGAGAAAUGUUGAUAAGUGGGGGUUGCUUGGAAUGUGCGAGGCAACAGGUAGAAAGGCUCGAAAUUUCGGCUGAAUCGGCUUUUAGCUGUUAGAAGGAAAACUUAGUUAAGUGUUGGAGUUUUGUUCUUUUAAAUAGUGUUUUCUUCGGUUAGUAUUUUUAAAAAAAGAAGAAAGUAAACAAUUGCAAGUAUAUAAAAAUGAAUUAAAGUGAAUGCUAGUGGUUAAAAAAAUAGUUUUAAGAACUGUUAUGUAGUCUUUAAGCCACGUGUUAUGAUUUAUUGGUGGACAUGGAAAGAAACGAGAAUAACGCAGGGGGACUUGGAGGCAAUAAUACAACACCUCUUGGCCUUCAGUCUCCUUCUCAGGGACAACCUCCACCGCAUUAUUCUAUUGGGAGUGUCGAUAGUCAGGUUGGUGAUCGAGGAUGGGAAGUACAUCACGUGACAGUAACUAGAGUUCCAGGGUAUGGGUUUGGUAUAGCAGUAUCAGGAGGACGAGAUAAUCCACAUUUUACCAAUGGCGAUCCGGCGAUUGCGAUCUCAGAUGUAUUAAAAGCUGGACCAGCUGAAGGGAAAUUACAAGUGAAUGAUAGAAUUAUAUCAGCUAAUGGUGUAUCAUUAGAAGGGGCUGAUUAUGGAGCAGCCGUGCGAGUGCUUCGAGAUUCUGGUUCGACAGUUUUAUUGGUUGUUAAAAGAAGAUCAGCAGGAAAUACAUCUAAUCCAGCAGCUAAUACUGGCCCUCAAACUCACAGAUUAACUUUGACAAGAAAUAAUAAAAAAGAUGACUUUGGAAUAGUUUUAGGAUGUAAAUUAUUUGUUAAAGAAGUGACUCGUGAAGGAACUGGAGCGAAAACAGGAGAUUUAGUGACUCGAAUCGGUGGAGUUGCUGCCGAUAAUAUGAGUCUCAAAGAAGCUAAAAAGAUUAUGGACCAAUGUAAAGAUCGAUUAUCAGUUGUAGUCAGUAGAGAACCAAGUUCUAAUAAUUAUCAGACUAAAGGAGAAAGUGGAGAAUAUCUGUCAGGUGCUAGUUAUAGCAGUCAAAAUCUUUAUGUUCCACCGCCUACAAGACAACCAGUAGAAGAUAAAAGUAAUUUAGCACCUCGAGGACGAUCUAGAGGUCCAUUGAUGGAUGUCUCUUUAAGUCAACUAGAUUUACCUGCUACUCCGACAGUAGAUCCACCACGACCUCCUCCACCACGAUUAGAAGAUUAUUAUUCUUCAAGACGGCAACUUUAUGAUGAAGAUCCACUUGUACAGCGUAUGAAACAACCUAUGCCAGAUCCACGGUUCAUUACUUUUCAGAAGGAAGGUUCUGUUGGCGUACGAUUAACUGGUGGAAACGAAACAGGAGUUUUCGUAACGGCCGUUCAACCGGGAAGUCCAGCGUCACUGCAAGGAUUGCAACCGGGAGACAAAAUAUUGAAAGUUAAUGAUAUGGAUAUGAAAGGCGUAACAAGGGAAGAGGCUGUUCUUUUUCUACUUAGUCUUCAAGAACAAAUUGAUUUGAUUGUUCAGCAUAGACGUCAAGAAUAUGAUCAAAUAGUAGCUUCUGGUAGAGGCGACUCGUUUCAUAUCAAGACUCAUUUUCAUUACGAACAACCGGAGAAAGGAGAAAUGAGUUUCCGUAGUGGCGAUGUUUUUCAUGUGAUUGACACUUUACACAAUGGGGUAGUGGGAUCGUGGCAAGUAUUUAGAAUUGGUAGGAAUAACCAGGAAGUACAAAAAGGUAUUAUUCCGAAUAAAGCGCGAGCCGAAGAGCUCGCAACAGCUCAGUUUAAUGCAACUAAGAAAGAAAUGAAUGCAAGUGAGAGUAGAGGAAGCUUUUUUAGACGUAGAAGAGGUAGUCAUCGACGUUCUAAGUCUCUUGGCCGUGAUCACUGGGAUGAUGUGGUGUUUUCUGAUAGCGUAAGCAAAUUCCCAGCUUAUGAGAGAGUUGUAUUACGUCAUCCAGGUUUUAUUAGACCGGUUGUUUUAUUUGGACCGGUGGCGGAUCUUGCUAGAGAAAAAUUACUAAAAGAUUUUCCAGAUAAAUUUACAUCGCCUCAAAUGGAAAAUCAGUGUGAAGAAGAAGGAAGUAAAAGUAAAAAAACAUCCGGAAUUAUAAGAUUAAGUGCAAUAAGAGAAGUAAUGGACAGAGGAAAGCAUGCUUUAUUGGAUAUUACACCUAAUGCAGUUGAUCGGCUUAAUUACGCUCAAUUUUAUCCUAUUGUCAUCUUCUUGAAAGCAGAAUCGAAACAAAUCAUCAAGGAAACGCGUGCUGGAUUACCGAAAUCGGCGCACAAAAGCAGUAAAAAAUUAUUAGAACAGUCCCAAAAGCUUGAUAAAAUUUGGGGACACGUUUUCAGUGCUGUUAUAACGUUAACAACGCCCGAAGCUUGGUAUAGGAAAUUAAGAGAAUUGAUAGAUCGUCAACAACAAGGUCCUUUAUGGAUGAGUCAAACUAAGCCGGAAGAGGCCCUCUCGGAUGACUUCCUUUUCCCGAUGACUUCACGCCUCUCCUACGCUUCCUCCCCGGAGAGUGAUUUGGAACUGAGCCCUGCACCUCCUCUUCCUGGAGUACUGGGGCCACCUACGAGACUUAAAAGUAACUCUGAUCCAAGUAUCGCCACUCAAGAUGAUACUUCAGCACCACCGCCAUAUACAUCAAGUUAUCAGGCUUUUGAACAACAUAAAAGAGCUGCAGGAACUCCUGGUGAUAUGAAGUAUGGUUUUUCUACGACUGGAACACUCAAUGAUCAAUCUGGGCUGCCUCAGUAUUCAGGACCUCCAUCAACACGAUCUCCUCAUCAUGGUCCUCCUGAUUUGCCUCCGCGGGUCGAUAGAAAUGUCAAGCCAAUCAAUCAAACUUCUCGUGGAACAAUUGGUCGUUCAGCUGUUGAUCGACUUGCUAAUAAAACAGAUUCGGUAUUGGAUAUGAGAAAUUAUAUAAAUGCUACGCCUCACCGAGCAAAUGCUACUUCUUCUCUUGAACGUGCUCAACCUAAACCACUAAAUACUGGAAGUUAUGAUAGUAUGUCAUCGUAUGAUUCUUACAACACCAAUGGUAAUACUACUUAUUCUGGAGGUAAUUUAAAUACAUCAGCUGGACGUCUAGGACCAAAUGUACCUGAUGACCUUAAAACAGGAAGUUUAAAUCCUACCCAAAGACCUCAUGAUCCUUAUAGAUUUACUCGAUCUACAGCACAGCCUAUUCCGUCUCAAGAGACUCAAAAUCGUGGAGAUUAUGUCAAAUAUAGUAGAUCAAGUGAUAUAAAAGUACCUCCAACACCUGGAAAAUCAGGAAAUAACGGAACAGGUACUUACAAACCAGUUCCUCCACCAAAGCCUAAAAAUUAUCGGCCACCACAACAGAAUAUCAUUCAAGAUGAUAGUAAUGGAGGAGGAAAUUUAUAUCAGCAUGCAAAAAGUUAUUCAAUGACUCCUUCACAUGUUCACAAUGGGAUUGAAAAUGGAAAUACCAUUCAACGUAAUAAUUCGCAAUAUUAUUACAAUAUUCCUCCACCGAAUAGAAGCAACGAAGGAAAUUAUUUAAUGAAUUCGAACCAUAAUCAUAACCAUACUCCACCGAAUCACAGUCAUAGCUUAAGUCAUACUCACUCACACUCCAAUCCACCGAUUGCAAGUCACUCGCACAGCAACAGUGCGGGGCAGUUGACCCUUAGUCACAAUCAUCGAAGUACUCAUAAUGGACACAGUCACAGUAACAAUCAUGUCAGCGGGAUGCAUUCCACUGGUGGGAAUACAACAGGGCAUAAUAGAGAGCCAAGUGGACUGGAUCUUGCAGGAAGUCGUGAACAAAGAGGCAGUGCCUUUGAAUUGUAUAGAAAACCACCAAUUACUCAUCAUAAUGUUAGGAAUACAAAUUCAGGGGUGGCGCGGGGGGUGUUCAGUAGUGAAGGUGGUAUUCUUGAGGGUCCAGGGGGUGUAGUAAUGACAAUUCCGUCAGGAGCAUUACCACCUGGGACUCAACAAGAAAUUUACUUUACUGUGACAUCUACAAACGCUAAUAAUUCGCAUAACAACAUUGUUGAUCAUCGCUCUUCUAUUUCACCGCCUACAAAUCAUGGUGAAUCCUUAAUGAGUCCUUUAGUUGAGUGUGGACCAAGUGGAUUAAAAUUUGAUGUUCCUGUAAAAUUGUGUAUUCCUCAUAAUGCUACACCAGCUCAUCGGUUAAUUUUAAAGACUAAUAAUAAGAAUAAUGAUAUAAAUAAUAGUUGGUUAGAUGUUAAACUGCCAGAGCCUACAUCGGAUUAUAUAUUUGUUAAAUUAGAUCACUUUUAAUUUAAUUCAAAUCAAUUGGCUUUUUUAUAAAAUAUAACGAACAAAAUAGAUUAAUAAAAUAAUUAUUAUGUGAUGGUGCCAUGGUACCGCAAUAUUGAAAUUAGCUAACGUUCUCUGUGAGAACUAACCAUAGAUAAAUUAAUAGAUAGAUAAAAAUAUAUAUAUACAUAUAUAUACAUCAUUUUUUUACUCAUUAAUGUUUGCUACUAUGACCGGUAUAAGGAGAGCAAGGCUGAAAUACCAAAUGAUUUGGAGUAUUGUUUAUAAUUUUAAAAAAGCGAUACUUUAACAUUUAUUAUUCAAAAAAAAUUCUUGCUCUAUUUUUAACAUAUUUUA